AUGGCAUGCGGCCACAUGCUGCGGCACUACACGCGGAAGUGCGCCGUGGGGCGGCAGACGCGGCCGUGCACGCGGCCGGACAACUUCCACCUCGAAGACGGCUCGGAGCGGACGUAUCUGGCGGACACGUGCGCGACGUGCGACCCGGGGUACCGAAUGACGCGGGUGCGGCAGGCGCGCGACAAGGAGCAGACGGCGCUGAUGCGGGAGCUGCACGAGGCGCAGGAGGCGAAGGACAUCGCGGAACAGCAGAGCAUCAUGCGGGAGAUGGAUCUGCUGGCGCUCGAGGCGAACAACCGCAUCGGCGAGAUCACCGCGAGCCGAGGCCGCGGCCGCGGCCGCAACGUGUUGGCUGAUGUUAGCAGUGUCUUGUUUCCCGCGCCCAAGACUAACGUUAGGCUGGUCGGUGAUUGUAAGUGGGUUAAGGGGAGGUGCGUGUGGGAAGUCGUCAAAGAUGAUGAUGAUGACGACGACUACGACUCCGUGGCGAGGCAAAGGGGGGAGAGGAAAGGGGGUAGACGAUAUGAGGAUCCGCGGGUGGCUAAGGGACCGAUUAUUGUGGGGACGACCGAAAAGCGCCGGGUGCGGCCGGAGCAGGAGCAUGAAUAUUCUCCGCCCGCCCCGAAGUCGCCCCGCCGGAACACAAAUGAUCAUCCACACUCGCGCAACAGAGUGUCAGAGGUUGUGAACGAGGAAAGGCCAUCGACAGCACGGCGCCACAGUCUUCGGCGGGUGAAGAACCAGCCCCUUAAGAGGGAUGGGAGACACUACACCGUUCUUCCUGACUAUGACUUUGAUGCUCCUAGCCCAGGGCAGGAACCUCUCUUGUCUGAGAUGCAAGUGAGUAGCUUCGACCUAGCCGAGCCAGCUAAUCCAGCUACUACACAAAGAAGCGAGGUAUCAGAGGAAUCAGACAUGUGGUUGAAACUAGCCGAUAGUCCUGAGGAAGGUAAUAAUAUGUCUUCGGGUAGAAUUAGAUACCGGGGGUAA